AUAUAAUUCACAAAUCCAUUAUCGUAAAAAUGCGCAGCUUGUGCAUGGCCUAAGCGUUCGACAGACGAUGAUAUAGCCGGGGCUUUUCUGUCUCCUCGAGCAGGGAGCGCUGCCAAUCAAUGCCGAAUGAUUUACCCCGAAUCUCGUUGGUUCCGUUGUCAUCACUGUUUGAUGGCAAUCUGUACAAGAGAAAUCCUCGAAGAUGAAACUAGAAAAUAUUAGGUAUAAGAUUCCCAGAAGAUAGAAACGAGACAGAGGUGUCCAGUUGUAUUUCCUUUUGUCGCGGAAAACGAUAAGUGAAACAAACGUGUCACGUUGCGAUUACAUUAAUAGUGCAAACUAACACUGCAGCGAAGAUAGCAUAAAUGAUAACAGGCAGCUGUUGUCCUAUUGUAGACUCGCGAUUUCAGUAUAGUAACAAGAGAACAUAGAUUCCUGGUUUGCGCAUCGACACAGUUGGAGCGACAGUCUACGCACGUGUCGUAUUUAAACAGCUGUCACGCGGUCGAUUUCUGUUUUUUUUUUUUUUUUUUGUUGGUUUUUCCCGAUAAAGUAAGCGUAGCCACAGUUUCCAUAUCUAAUCGUAUUAUUGACGAAUGGUGCAAAUGUUCGACCAGUUCUGUUUUGAACUUUUGUGAGCGAUAUAUCCUGCAAACUCUGGUGACAAUCGAGAUUUAACUUUGGACAAGUUCGCCGAGCAUGAAAAGUGCAACGUGUGACGAAUGGGAACUCGUGUCAUUAAGAUUCAAUCAAAUUUGGGGGAACGGUUAUAUGGAAAGAGGAUGAAUGUUGUUACCUGUGUGAACACGUAGUUUGAUUAUUAAAUUUUAAGAAGAUGACGUGAAGUAGAAUUUUUGGACAGCAGUACAUGCUGAGAUAAUACUUCGAAUUUUUAAUUGUGUACAUAGGAGAGAAUUGCUACAUGUUCUAGAUUAGUAGAGUUGCAAACUACGUCUUUCAGAAUAUUAAACUUACGAAGCAAAAUUCACGUGGCAAUCAAAAGGUACCGGCUCCUCUCAUUUCCACGAUUGGUGCCCAGUUACCAGUUUCUGAUUUCGAAUAUCGAGUUUUAUAUGUGAACGAGAAUUACUGGAUUUGUCGAGUUAACCCAGAAGCAGAAGUCAUUUGAAUAUUACGCUUAAAGGGGAACAAUCUUUCAGCAACUUGGAUAGCUAGUUAAAGCAGAUGUUCAGCGAGUGAAAAGUUCGGAGUGGAAUUAUAAUUCAGUGCUAUUGUUGCCUCUUUUACACUUUCCACGAAAAGGAUACGUUUAAAUAUUCUUAAAUAAUAAUUGUCUCACUUCGAACUUCAAGUUUUAUCUUUGAUUUCUUUAGGAUCUUUCUUAUAAUCUUAAAAUGUUACAUUUAUUCGUAUAUCUAAAGAUCUUGUUACUAUAUCGCAGCCGAUUAGCUCGCUACCACUCGCGACAAAGGAUUGCUUGUCGCGAAUAAUACCAAUUACCAGGUCUCACCAUGAGGAUGGAAUCAGAGUUUUUUUGAUCUCCCCCUACAUAGAUUAUACAAUCAACGAGUUUAAUACUAAAGCAAGAACAAGCCUAGAAACUUUCUCUUUCCGACAUCCCAAGCGUAAUUCCCCUUUUUACUUUGCUCCAAUUACUUCGAGUACUCCGUGUCUCCCAGGAACCGACGCCCCCGCCGUCUCGACGUCGAAUAUAUCCUCUCUGUAAUAAAAGUACAAGUGUUCCCGUGCAAGAGUGACGGUGUACGAUAUUACACGGAACGAGAGAGAUGAACGGGUUGCAUCCGAAAUAUAUCACGGUCGGUUUCUUGUCGGCAUUAUUAUUAUUAUACGAGCCUGGCCCAACGUCCUGACGCUGCACAGUUCGCGGGCGUUGCUUUGGUUUCGGCUGCUACGCGAUAUUCGAAAGCCCCACGACGCGCCGUCGCAUUCAUUCCCCCGAGAAAGGUUGUCUCGUCCAACACACAGGAACCUAUGCUGGAUCCACGGGAAAUUCUGGGAGUUUACACCGCGGAAACAGAGCUACAGUCACGACACCCGCGCCUCAUCACCCGCGAGCGGAGUCAGGGACUUCGACCUACCACGCUCCCGUGGAUACGAGCCAAUUUCGUUCCUCCGUCUUUGUAACAAGGUGGAAUGUUCAUCGCCUGCAGUCACGUACCCGCGACCUCGAUGCAUCGGAAUGAAUGCACGUUUUGCCACCGAAGGAUUCACUUAUCCGCCUACGAGCGACGCCAAAGGCACUCUUGCUUCGACAACGGGAGGAGCCUCGAGAUGGUAUGAAUUUGAAUCGACACGUUAAGCGCUGCAUUGUGUUGAAACAUUUUACAAUACUGUACGAAUACUGGACGAUUGCCACGAGAAUGGCGCAGAUCGCACAGGCGGCGCUAGUGUCGCGCUCCUUAUAACUUCCACAGCUAUUCAUUUGAAAAGACAGUAACAUUCACGCGUUUAUAGAUCAACUCGACGAGUUAUACUUUUUCCAAUGUGUAGUUCUCGAAUGAGUUCUACUUGAACUCUUGUUGCCACAAACCUUGGUUAUCCAAGCUCACUUUUAUUAAUCAUUCUCCGUUUCGCAACCAGUCAUCGAGGAUUACACGCAACUAAAGGCGUAUUCUCGUUGCAAUUCGUUCCAAGGUGACUUACAAAGACACUCGUUUCUAGUUACGGACUCAAUAUGGACGAUUGAUCGGUCACAGGCGCGGCGAUGUGUUUCCUCAUCGACGUUGUUAUACCUCUCGCGCGGGAAAACGUUACGGUUUAUCGCGACAUGCGCGACGAACAUGCACAGCGAAAUAAAUACUGUUUCAAUAGGAAUUCAUCUUCGGUUGCAUCAGCCAUUACUGCACGAGUCAGUAAGUAAGUAUCAGCGGAGGAACGUAUUGCUUUCGUGCGAAGAAUAUCGAUGACGUUCCCGUUUGCCAUCGAACUCUCUCAAUUCAUAUCAUCGAUCGUUCCCUUCUAUUUCACGGGACGACUAAUCGACAAAGUGUCGCGAGCUGGCGCACCGUUACCUGUCCCGUAAUUAAUUUACGCCUCGUGGUUAAUUUAGCUGCCGCGGCAUGAUAUUCCAACGUUUGUUCGAAAUUCGUGCUGGAAAACUUUGAAACCGUCGAACUAACGCAAAUUGGUCCAGGGAUUCUCAAUAGUGAGCCAUAAUGGCCACUUUAUAAGCUAUGGCUGUACUUCGUGGGGGACCACGAAGAUUCAUAGUGCAAGAGAAAUGUUUUAUUAUAAAUAUGUACGUGGAAAAAUAAUAUACAUGUCGAAUUGAGUAACCUACUCCUUUUCGAAAUCGGUCAAAUAAACUUUACACUUAUAAUAGAAAUCACUGUGGAAAGAUGCCACAAGUCAGAAAGGAUUGAGAGAAGCACUGCGCUGUAUGACAUCAGCGCUGAAAAAUCGGCUUCGAACAUUCCCGUAAUUGCGCAGUUGAUUGUUUCAAUUCAGCGAACCCAGAGGAGUAACUGCCCGCGACGUGAUUAACAUCGCGAAGGGUUAAUAAACAUCCAUACGAAACGACUAAUAAUAUCCAAACCACAUCAAAGUCGGUUGCAGACGCAUGCGAAAUGCCAGAAGGGAAAUUCGCUACGCUGGAUUCUAGCCGCAGGUGCACGCUUCCGAGCUUUGUGCAAGGUUCCCGCAUGCAGAGGUUACCGGCGCAACCAGAAAUUUCAAAUAGAGAAGAUUGGGGCGAAGAUGAAAAAGAUUAUGUCCAAUGUAUCUCAAAUUCAGCAAAUGUGAAGCUGAGAAUGUUUGGAUCUUCUGAUAAUUACUCGAAGCACAUACUUUUAGUGAGAAAUUCAUAUUUUAUCGAGGGAUGUACAAAGGGUAAUGGCGUGGCUUAUUUCCUAUCGAACUGAAUACGAUAAGCUUCAUGAUUUAUUAAUUUACGUUUUCUUCUUUUCUGUUGCAGGUAAACUAAAAGCAAUGUUACUGGCUGGUACUAUUCCUCGAACGUGUUCGUUUCGGAGAGACGUGUCGUAAGGUAAGAAGCUCUUCUAAUUACCAUUUUACAUUCUUCCUUGGGAAAUAUCCGAGAGUCAACGUUUUCUCCAUCGAGUAAGAAGCUCUCCGAAUUAAUAUUUUACCUUCUUCCUCGGUAAACGUUGCAAAGAGUCGAGCUUCCUUUCAAGAGUGACUGCUUAGGAUCCACCCGUACAGCGACUACAUGCAGGUACGUUUACACCAAUGCGCACAGAGUUCAUUCUUGCCGAAUAUCAUGGGUGUCACCGUUACCUGGGGAUUGCCGUUGCUACUUACAACGUGGAAUCUUCGAGUCAGCAAUCAAGAGCGACACAUUGAUGCACCACCGGCGAUCGAUCCGCGGAGGAAGUGACGAGGCACCGACGACGCGCCGCCACGGAAAUCUCGCUAGACAACAUUCCCUUGGCAAAGUGACGCUCAAGGCGGUCACGGAUUUCUCGCUCCUGUCUAAGUUAAGGAAAUCAUCGGGAUGGAGCUAAUAACAGCGAAACUGUUGCUGUACUCGACGCUGGUGGUGGUGGUGUGCUGGAGCCAGGAGGAUUGGACGGCCCAGUGCUCGCCGUCGUGCAAGUGCAGAUGGGUUUCAGGCAAGAGAAGCGCCGAAUGUGUCAACCAGAAUCUCACGCAGGUACCGGGCGGACUUUCCUCGCAGAUCCAAAACUUAGAUUUGAAGGGGAAUCGCAUCACGCACCUGAUGCACAAAGCGUUCGACCGGGUACACCUGGUGAACCUCCAUAAACUGGUGCUGCAGAAAUGCGAGAUCGAGUCGAUCCACACGGACGCGUUCCUCGGGCUGAAGCUCAUGAUCGAGCUCGAUCUUUCGGCGAACAACAUCAGAACGCUCUAUCCGGGCACGUUCGAUGAUACGACACGAUUGAGGGUGCUGUUGCUGAACGAGAACAAGCUGAAGGUGCUAGAGAACGGGCUGUUCCACGAUCUCGUCUUCUUGCAGAAGGUGUCGCUGUCCAAGAAUGAGCUAGAAAGGAUCGAGGAGAAGGCGUUUCGAAAUCUGUCAAAGUUACAGCAGGUGACCUUAGACGGGAACAAUCUGAGCACGUUGAAGAUGCUUACCUUCGACAAGCUGCCAAAUCUGGGCAGCCUCGAGCUGCACAAUAAUCCUUGGAACUGCAACUGCCGUCUCAAGAGAUUUCGCGAUUGGACCAUGACGCGCAAAUUGUAUACGAAGCCCACCACGUGCCAGCAGCCGAUCCACCUCGCUGGCAAGAUGUGGGACGAGAUCAACAGCGACGAGUUCGCCUGUAGACCCGAGAUAUUCACGAUCGGGCCGUCUGUGAAGAUCGAGGUCGGCAGGGGAAAUGUCACUCUCUGGUGCAGAGCGUCUGGUAUACCGCGGCCGCAGCUGUUCUGGAUCUACCGUUCGAGGGUCCUGGAGAACCAGACACGACGACACAACGGCGAAAAAGGUUACAUCCUGAAGUCGAGCCACGACUGGCUGAACCUCACGAUCCCGGACGUCGCGCCCUCUGACAAGGGUGAUUACGUCUGUCUGGCGAAAAGUCCUGGCGGAAAUACCGAGAAAAACGUGAGCCUGGCUAUCGCAGGCGACGCAAUAGGCGGCAGGGACAAUAUAAUCAGUCUGCCCCUCGCCCUGGGUUUGGGCGUGACUGCACUGGUGUUGCUGAUAGUCACUUUGUCCCUAUGCGUGUGUUACUGCAAACGUCGACGGGUCAGGCACGACGAGAAGAGCCUGGAGGCGGCGUCGAUGGAGCACCACGGGCUGGGGGAGCAGGAGAAGUCUCUGAUCACUACCAUAAAUCCCGUGGUGAAGCCCCCUAGACGCUACGAGGCGCCGUCCGUGACGUCGCACGGCACCGAGAUGACGGAGCUGAAUCGUACGUUGCUCGACAACGACUCGGUCUUUGCUGACGGUAUCGGUGGCGGUGUUGGCGGCGGAGUGAUCGGCGGCGUCGGCGACGACGAGAGGGAGGAACGAGCUACCCCAGAACUCGAGAGCGGUACCGGCACCUUGUGCCGCGGAGGAGGCGGCAGCUACCGUCAGUAUCCUCCUGAUCUACUGGCCUUCUCCGGCGGUCGUGGUGCAUCGCCGACUAGUCAGGCGUCCACAGCACCGGACAACACGCGUCUUCCGAGUCAGCACGCAACGCCAACCACGGCAGCGUACGGCUCACCCUCUAACCAAUUUCCAGCCGCAUUCAAGACCCUGCCCCACAACCGUAGCAUCACGCCGUACAGUGUCUCGAGCUCCACGAUCGCGCCAGUGAUGCCUCGUCAUGGAUACGUCACGAUACCACGAAGACCAAGAGCACCCAGCUGGAGCAGCGGACCGCCCACCUCGCCUACGGACGGAUUGGAGCCAGUCUACGACAAUCUGGGUCUGCGUACCACCGCGGAUGGCAGUUCGGUCCUUUCGCUGAACAAGAGUCCCGAACCGUUGUCCUCCAUCAGGAGUCGACCCCUGCCGGGAACGCCUAGUUCUCACUACGGCACGAUACAACGAAGUACCCCCAACAUUUUGACCAGCAGCCCUUUGGAUAGAGCUGCACCCGAGGGCGCCGCCGAGUGGCCCACCAAGCUCGCCGACGAGUCCACGGACAGCAAUCACGUCCUCGGCCAGCAGCAGCAAUCGGGCAGCAACACUCUCGGCAGAAAAGUGCCGCCCAGGCCGCCCCCCAAGCCCAAGAAGAAGUCCACGAACGGGCCAUUGUACGAGGACGAGGGCGAGGACGGCACGGAGGUAUGAUCAGCGCGCGUCGCUCGACGCACUUGAGGCCGCCAGAUCGUAGCUGUGUCGAAGAGAAGAGACGCAUGACCGCAGUCACAAUAAACCGGUAGUGCCUUUCAAGAAGAGACAACCCAACCGCGGGUCGAUGUAUGAUUCGAGCGCGUUUGUUCGCCCUGUCGAAAGUGCUGACGAACGAGGGGUGAGAAGAAGCUUCCACAAUGCGGACACGGAGUCCGCAUCCGGCGGUGCAAGUUGGCUCGAACCCGCUGACUCGCCGGGAGGAAAACUUUUCGGACGCCUUCGCCGGUCGUUCGUUCCUUUCGUUCCCGUUUCUUCUCCCUCUUUUCGUUCUUUCCCCCAUUUUUUUAUAAUUUAUUUCUUUGCGCGCUGUGCCGUGACUUGCUCGCGACAUCAAACUAUUCGAGUGACUUCUCCAUGCGCGAAGGUAUCGAACUCGAGGGGAUCUUCCGCGAGAAACUCGACGACCAGGUGAAACGUUGCGAGUAUACUUGUGCUGUUGUUGUUGUUUUUUUUUUUAUAGUUGAUAACUUGAAAUUUGACAACGGAUGUAGAGAUCGCACGAAGUACGCGAACUAGUAUUAAGGAUAGCGUCCCGACAAGGACGUCUUAUUUAUUGACGUGCUUGCGCAUGCCUAACGAAGAUCACGUCGAAGCCAACUGGACACUGUGGAAAGAAGCGAUGGCGUGAUCGGGUACCUCCUAAGCUUAUUUCCUACUUUUAGUUUUUAUUUGAACUUUUACACUCGACCCGCGCGUACAGCGGAACCUCGAUUAUUGCGCGGAAGCUCCGUUCGUUGCAAUGCUUUGGGGAAUGAAAAUUUGAGAGAGGUCAGAGGAAAAUUGGUAACAACCGUGAUCACCAUAAGUGGAGUCAUCGUCCUCUGAGAUGAGUGUCUUCUGUAUUAUCACAGUUCAUCUGUGCAGGCUGUUUAGAAGCAUCCUUCUCAGAGGUCAACGACAGCGGAAACAUACCUUGACUCUGAUUAUUGGUUGAAUCUAGAUCAUUGCAAGGAUUCUGAGUCCCAUUUUUCCGCAACAAUUUAGGUUCUACUUUAUCAAAUGGGAAUAAUUUUUAUCGCGACGCUUGAAGUUUAUCGGUCUUUUAUCCUCGCGUCCUUCUGAACAACGACGUUUUAUUUUCCUUUUUUACCGAUAGUUUUACCGUUAGGUCGUCUUUUUUGUUUAACGUAAUCGCGUAUCGCGCUGGUACAUCGCCGCGUCGAACAAGUUGUAACAAUCGUUGUAACGACAUUGUAAUUUGAAAAUAAUCGAUGAACCGUGGAAAAUGCAUGGUUUGUCGCGGUGAAAGCGAAUUGAACGGUGAUUACAAACUAUUGCUAGCGAAUGUACAAUGGCGAAAGAGGGUUAAGGGUCAUAGAAAUAUCAAUUAGCUGAGGAACAGAGGCACGUAGUGAGCAAGCUGAAUGAAUCGAAAGAUUGGCCUACAUUCGCUAGUGAAUCGAGUUUGAUAUAAUGCGAAUGUAAACAUUCACUAGGUCUAGUUUACAUUCACUGGCCAUCCGCUUUCACCGUGAUGGAGACGUUAGUGUAAUUAUUUCUAGUAAGUUUAAAGAGUACGCAUGUAAAGGAUAUCUCCCGAUUGUAUUCGUUCUUAAUGGUAACGAGUUUUGUGAGAAAGCUC